AUGUCCAGCUUGUGCUUAACAACUUCAAUAGCUAUGGAUAAGGCCGGGCAGAUGGAAUAUGAAAAGGGGGUUCUAGUAACUGCUGCUGUAGUAGGUACUGGCGUGGCUUCAGCAGUUUACAGCUCCAAUCUUGGCUUAUUGGAGGCGGAAAUGAACAAUACAAAUGACAUGCUUGUAACUAUGAGUGUUUUAGAACUCUUUGAUGAGUUGCCUGAAGUUGAGCAUGGGACAUAA